CACGAAACAAGAGAGGACACAGAUGGACACAGGUGUCUAAGCGGAGCGUACAGAACGUUUUUUUUUUUCUCUCAAUAUAACUUUUUUGUGUGUGUGUUUUUGGCUCAUUUUGACCGGGACUUUGGUUCCGACCACAGCACCUGCGACGAUGACGCGAGGGUGUUUGCUCACCGCGAGCGUCUUGUUGUCUCUGCUGAAGCUUUCCUGGUCUAUCCAGGUGGUCGUACCCCAACAGCAGCGCAGCACUGCGCUGUUCGCCUCCGUCAUCCUCCGCUGUGACUAUUCCACUUCAGCAAAUGCCCAGGAUGUUCUGGUCACCUGGAGGUAUAAAUCUUUCUGUAAGGACCCGGUCCUGGAGUACUACUCCACAGCGUACCAGUCCGCGCUGCAGUUGAAUCAAGACCCUUCAAACGACUGUCCAGACCGCCAGCGAACAGUACGAACUGUGAUCCAGAAAAGAGGAACCAGUGAGCCGACUCUUGGACCAGAAUACAGGGAACGCAAGAUCACUAUCCAAAACAAUGCUGACCUGGUGAUCAAUGAAGUGAUGUGGCAUGACAACGGAGUGUACUUCUGUACGGUGCAGGCAGCGGGAGACACCUCUGGAGACUCGGACAAAGAAAUCAAGCUCAUUGUCUACCACUGGUUGACAGUGUUGUUCAUCAUCAUUGGAGGUCUUCUCCUCAUCCUCCUCUUUUGCAUCUGCUGCUGCCAGUGUUGUCCUCAGGUGUGCUGCUGCUAUGUCCGCUGUCCGUGUUGUCCUCGGCGGUGCUGCUGCCCAGAAAAAGCUGUAAUGCAACAUCGCAUGAUGAAAGACGCUCAAAGGGCUAUGGCUCCAUGGAUGGGGGGUCAGCCACUGUACACCCCAAUGAGCCAUGUUUCUUCGUCGCAGAUGAACCCGCUUCUUUACGCAGGGUCUUCAUCAGGCAAAGGCAUUCCCAUGAAACCUAUGCCCCUUCCUCCUCCCCAGUCCUCGGCUUACAGCAUGCCUGCUCCCAGUGUCCAUGGGGCCAACACCCCUGCUAACACCAAUCAGAUGCUGGAUUACCUGGAGAGCCAGGUGCGGGGUAUGGAUAUGGCCAGCCCGCUGCUCCAGUCACAGCCAAUGCCUCCUCCUCACAUGCAGCAGAUGCAACCUCCGCCCCAGACCAUGCCUGUCACAGUACCAUUCUCCCCAGGGCCCCCAAGCAUGAUCUCUGCCCUGGACGAUGGUCCUAUGGAGCGCCGGGUCAUCACGCUUCCACCAAUUAGGGAGCAGCAGCAAGCUAGAAAUCCCCCUCCUGCACCAAAGACUCGCCCACCCAGCUCUAGCGAGAGUAGUCGCAGUGGUUUUGGGCGGCGUGAAGAACGUGGAGGUGCAGGGCGACGAUACCCAUCUCCGACCCGCUCCAGAGGUGUUCCCAGAAGCUACAGUGAGGAAUCGCUGGAUGGCAGAGGGCGCAGUUAUGCACGCGGAGGUCCUGACCGCCCUCGAUCGCGCUCCAGAGAUGAUUUGUUUGACAGCAGGUCAAGAGGGAAUUAUUCUCCUCCAGCAACCCGCCGAUCGCGGGGAGGCUCUUGGAGCUCUGAUGAUGAAGGCAGCAGCAGGAGAGGCGGCGGAAGGAGAGGAGGUGGAGCCGGAGGUUGGGCCGAUAACCCUCCGAGUUACACAGAGUACGAGCCUGGGCAGAAACCUGGUACAAGGAGGAAAGAGCGAUACUCUGACAAUGUUUCUCGCAGUGGCACCAGCGUCGUCAUCUGAACGUCCACGGCGGAGAAACUCCCUGUGAAGCUCUGUAUGAGGAAAUGUCUGUCACUAGCAUGAGGAGUCUAUACAAGUUUCAUCAAGUGUAACACCCUUUUGUGGUCUAGAUAAUGAUAGGAGUGAAACACUUCUGACGCAGGUCAGAAGCUGUAACAGCUCCUUUUACGAGACGGAGUGGAUUGGUCUUGUUUUUAAAGCUAUAUAUUUACCAGUCUUAUGCUUAUUGAGUUUUUAGUCAAUCGGAGCCAUAGAAAACAGACCAAGCCACCAAAAGCUUUUGCUACAUAAUCACAUCCUGCGGAAAACUGGGGAUGAAAGUGUGUGCAUGCGCAAACAAUGAAAUGAAGUUUUAUUUUUCUUUUGUGAAUAGUAUCUUUUUGAAUAAUGUCCACUUGUGCACAACAGCUGUGUCUACAGGCACUUGUGACUUGAAGGUCAUGUAUUAAUAGUUAAAAUGUGUAUAAAGUUGUUUUCAUUGUGAUGUUUUUUUUUGUUUUAUUAAUUUGUUCAGCUUUUAUUAUGCUUAGGUUUUAGUCUGUACAGCAUGCUGUGUGAUUGACACAAAUAAAUGUAUGGGUGUAAAUGGA